UUGAUCGGAAGAUUUCAAAGCUCGUUACCUCCUGUUACUUUUUCCUGCUUAAUUUCCCUCACUUUUAGCCUAAAUAAUUUUUUUAGUAUUUUACGUCAAGGUAUUGGAAUGCCUAUAGGAAGAGAUGUUUUGCCUCGUCACCGGGAUUUAAUAAAUGAAUUAAUGAGAUUUUUACAUGAGGAUGAAGUCGCUUUACUUCCUUCAAUUUUGCAUGAAAUGUUUCAGAAUGGUUUUGCUUUGGAAACUCUUCAAAUGAAUUUAAAUGAUUCUUCAACUGGAGGAUGUUAUAAAGUUUUGUUGGUUACAUAUAUAAGCAAUUCAUGGGAAUUAGUAAGAACGGUUAUUAAAUUUUAUCCAAUAUCUGAUGCAAUAAUUACUGGAGAUUCUUGUAUUAAACCAUUGAGACAACUUGUUACUCAAUUUGUUGACAAAGGAAAGGAAAAACAAAAAAAUUUAUUGGAAAAGUUUCAUAUAGUCUCUGAAUUUGAACAAAUGGAGGAUGAAGACGACGAUGCUGAUGAGAAUGAAAAGGGAUUGCGCCAUCCCUGUUUAUUAACAUUGUUGGAUUCAGUUGCUGAUCGACUCUUUUCUGAACCUUUGCCAAUUAAAUCAAAUGAUUUUGACGUUAAAAAGUUGGUUAAAGUUCGUGAAUUGCUUCGUUCUUUAAGAGAAUUUGCUGAACAAACGAGACGUUAUAAAGACCUUCGUUCACUUCUCUCGCCUCGUUAUACAUCAAUUAAUGGAAAUUCUCGUUUACUUUUAAUGCUUCAAUUAUCUAGAAGAUGGGUUUCUUCUAUCGAAAAUAUUUCAAAGGUUUUGCAUCAAACAAAAAAUUCUUUAAUUAGAGCACUUUGUGCAAUUCAUUCUGAUAUUUUUGAAGAAAAAAAUGUUACAUUUUUGUGGAGUUAUGUUAGAGUUAUGGAAGCUUUUGAAAUGUCUAUUGUUGAUUUGGAAACUGUGUCAGCAGACAAAACUCCAAAUUCAAAUUUAAUUUUAUUUAUUCUUCUUGGACUAAACAAACGUUUAAAUGUUUUGAAAGAUUCUACAAAACAUUUAAAAAAUUGUGAUUUCGAAACGUUAAAAUCUUUGGCUAAUUUCGCUUUAAAUAAAUUGGAGAAAGAUUUUAAAACUUAUAUUGAUAAAAGAAUGGCUUUAUGUGCUCUUUAUUGUGAUCCAAUGGGGUUAAAUCAUAUUGGAGAUUUGUCUGAUUUUUGUACCAUGGAGGAGGUCAAGAGUGUUGUUUUGGUUGAAUUGGAACAUUUAUUAGAAAAUUCAAAUCUAACAACCUCCCAAACAUCAAUAUCAUUAGAUGGUGUGGUAACAGAAAAUGCUAACAAAAAUGGACAACAACAAAAUAAUUCUUCUUCUCCUUGGUUAAGUUAUACAGAAGAAGCCCAUCAUUAUGAACAAUUAACGAUUGAACAAAUUUUUGAAACACUUGAAAUUAAUGGGGUUGCAGGGAUUAAAAGAGAUCCGAAAAAAUAUAAUCCGUUGGAAUUUUGGAAUGUUUAUGAAGAGAUAUAUCCAUCAAUUGCUCGUUUAGCAAAAAAAUCAUUUGCCACAAAUGCAACAUUAACUGGGGCUGAACAAAUUUCACGUCAAUUAGCUCCAUUAGCUUCUUCCUUAUCAUUUCAAUUUAAAAGUGGAGAAUUAAUAUCUAGAAUGAUUAGAAUUCAUUCAAUUUAUAAAAAUAAAGAAAGUUUAAAACCAAUAAAAAAUAAAAUGUUAAUUUUUGAAAAUCUGAGAAAAAGGCCACCACCACAGCCACAACAACAGAAACAGCCUCAGCAACAACAACAAAAGCAAAAAAACUCUGUUGAACAACAAAAGAAAAAGGAUAAAAAUGUAGAAAUUACAAGAAAAAGAGUAGCAAGUUUUGAAAGAGAAGAAGAAGAGGAAGACGAGGAAGUUGAAGAAGAAGAGAUUGAACAAGAAAAAGUUUUGAAAAAGAAAAGUAAUAAAUCUGAUUCUAAUAUUGCUAUUUAACAAUUUUAUAUUUUUGUUUUUUUUCUGUUUUGCGCGUAAAGUUUAUCCAACCGGAUACAACACUUCAAUAGUGCCAUCUUGAAGUACGGGAACCGACGUCUGACAUGAGAAGUGGCAUCUUUAUGCCCUUUUCUUUUUCUCAAUAUUUUUUUUGUUAAAAAUUUAUGAUGGGUUGUCACACACAAAAAUUAGACGCCUUUCAUCAAACUCCAACCGAGUACAACCUACUCCCCUGAGUGGUACCGACGCCGGCACAGUGUGCUGGUGACAGUCCAACGAUACAACGUACCCCCAGUGAAAGUAGCAAAGCAUACGACCACCGGUUUCUCAAAGGGAGGGAAACGGCGCCUGCGAAAUGGCGUCCAAUAAGUUUGAAUUUUUUCUCUCUUAUAUUUUAUGUUCUUUUUUAUUUUUAAAAACUGUAGAUAGGGUGUAAUUG